AGAGCUGCCGGCCGGGGGCCGCCCCGCGGCAUCGGAGGCGAGGGCUGCGAGGACAGCCCCGGCUCGGCGGAGCUCGGAGAGGCUCUGCAAGGCGUCGGCUUGACUCGGCUCGGCUCGGCUCGGCUCGGCUCGGCUCGGAACAAGCUAAGAGCGACUCGGCAGGGCUCGCCUCGGCUCGGUCCGGCAAGGGCUCGGCAGGGCUCGGCUCGGUCCGGGUUCGGCUGCACUCGGCUGCACUCGGCUGUGCUCGGCUCGGCUCGGCUCUGCUCGGCGGUGGUGGGUCGCGGGGCCGGACGGGCCCUUCGUUGCGUGAGGCGGUGCCGCCGCUCCGCUUCCCUCUGCCCCGCCGGCCUUUGGACCCGGCGGCGCGGCGGGCAGCGGGAGGCGGCGGAGCAGGCAUGGCCGCCCCUCAGCUCUCCGAGAGCACCGUCACCGUGGAAGGCCAAACCCUGUUCUACCGCCAAGCCGAGCCGGCCCAGCAACCCCCAAAGCUGACGCUGCUGCUGCUGCAUGGCAUUCGUUUCUCCUCUGACGUCUGGCUGCAGCUGCAGACGCUUGCCACUCUGGCCAAAAACGGCUACCGAGCUGUGGCUAUUGACCUGCCGGGGCUGGGGCGCUCAAAGGAUGCUGUGGCCCCGGCGCCCGUGGGCCAGCCAGCCCCAGGGGCUUACCUCAAAGCAGUUUUGGAAGCUCUGAGCCUGUGUCCGGCCGUGGUCAUCAGCCCGUCGCUCAGCGGCAUGUACUCCUUGCCAUUCCUCUUCCAGCACAACCACCUGCUCAAGGCCUAUGUGCCCGUGGCACCCAUCUGCACCGAGAAAUUCACAGCGGAGCAGUACGCCCAGAUCAAAACUCCUACACUGAUUGUGUACGGGGACCAGGACGCGGAGCUGGGGCAGAGCAGCCUGAACAACCUGCGGCAGCUCCCCGAGCACCGGGUGCUGGUGCUGCAGGGCGCCGGGCACGCCUGCUACCUGGACAAGCCCGAGGAGUGGCACCGCGGGCUCCUGGCCUUCCUGCAGCAGCUGCACUGAGCAGCUCGGCUGGUGGGGAGGGGACCGCAGGGCAGGGGGACCUGGGGAGCCCACCCCCUGCUCUGCCUGCACACCCACCCUCGUGCCAGCCCAGCUACUCGCCCUGCCUCCCACCCUGCCCGAGGUGGCAGUGCCACCUCCCUUGGGACCAAAUAAAACUCCAACCUCUA